AGAUGUCUUACUUUGGCAAAAUCAGUGUGGGGAGCCCAGCCCAGACCUUCUACGUCCACUUUGACACAGGGUCCACCACCCUCUGGAUCAACUCCAUCUACUGCAAGAGUGACGCCUGCACACACCAUCCACUCUUCAACCCCCAACAAUCCUCAACCUACUACAGCUACGGACAGCCGUUCUCCAUCCAAUAUGGAAGUGGAAGCCUCACUGGGGUCAUCGGCUACGACACAGUCUCAAUGGGAGAACUCACAGUCAGGAGACAGAAGAUCGGUCUGAGCGAGACAGAGCCAGGCAACAAUUUUGCCAGACCCCUGCACGAUGGCAUCAUGGGCCUGGCUUUCAAACCUCACCAGCAGACAAUCGUGGACACCAUGAUCCAGGAGGGCCUCAUAGAGGAGCCAGUCUUUGCUUUCUAUCUGAGCAGGAACUCUGAGCAGGGCAGUGAGGCUGUUUUUGGAGGCACCGAUCCCUCUCAUUAUCAGGGGGAGAUCCACUGGGUCCCUGUGGCACAGGACAGCCACUGGCAGCUGGUGUUUGAAGGGUUUGAGGUGAACCACAUGUCUACAGGCUGGUGCAACACAGGCUGUUCUGCCAUUGUGGACACUGGCACCUCCCUGUUGGAGGCCCCUCCUCAGUAUGUAGAUGGGCUUCAUAACAUGCUGGGUGCCUACAAGGAUGACAGUGGUGAGUAUGUGUUUGACUGCAGCAUUGUGAGCAGCAGGCCAACGCUAACCUUCAUCAUGAACGGAGCGCACCUCCACCUACCCCCAUCUGCGUAUGUACGUCAGUUUUUGGGGCACAGGUUUUGUAUAUACUUUAAGCUCUCGCUCAGAAAUGUGAGUGCACUACACACGUCUAAACACUAUGACCAUGGCCUUAAAACAUUUUGUGUCCGUGUGACUGCACAGGAACAGGAUUCAGAUGGAAACUCUUACUGCGUGAGCGGCAUCAAGAAGUCCCAUGAGAACUACAGGGACGGCCUUCCCUGCUGGAUCUUGGGUGAUGUGUUCCUCAGGCAGUUCUACUCUGUGUUCGACCAGGGCAACGGCAGAGUGGGCUUUGCCCAGCUAGCUUAGAGUUCAUGUACUGGACAAAAGUGUGUCAGCAUGACUUCUGUCUGAAACUAAUGAAAAUAUGAGAUCUUUCCAGUGCUGCUUCAAUACAGUCUCUUUUCAAGCCAA